AUGAUUGUGUUUUGCUUUACUUGCUUCUGCUGCCGUGCUGUGUGCUCCGCGUUGUGCCCCGCAUCCGUCACGUUGAACGCAACCCAGACACACUCAUAUGCAUGGCACGCACACAACUGUUUGCGUGGAUUCACAUUUGAGGAUGGGUGCGUGCGCGCUGGAGCCAUACUGUGCAGCCCUUUGUUUUGUGUGUUCACAUUUUUUACUUUAUUGCUGUUUUUUUAUCUGCGCUUUGUUUCUAAUUUCUUUUUUUUGUGUUUUCUGUUUGCUUGGUGCGGGGCGUUGUGUGUUUUUGCCCUUUCACUGAUUUCAACUGGCUCAUGGUGUGUUUGCGAUGCCGCUGCUGGGCUGCUGCCAUUUGUUGCUGGAUGGGACAGUGCGUGGCUAUGUGACUUGUUUCUUUUUUGCUUUUGCUCUGCGUUGAC